AUGGCAGACUCUAUCGAAAUGGGACAUAACAAGGAACAGGAUAUAAGUGAAGAGCCACAGUAUUUUGUUGAAAAUCGAAGGACACCAGAUAGUGCUGAUAAUAUUGAUUUGGAACAGUAUCAACACUCAAUCGCACAAAUGAACUAUAGUUUGCAAGAUAUUCAAUCCGAUAUCCAACGCUUAGCAACUCAACAAGAUCAAAUUAGGAAUCAAAGUUAUAUGCAACAACAACAGCAGCAGCAGCAACAACAGCAACAGCCUUCACAUGCCAUGGAACAAAAUCAGCCUCAAACUCAAUUUUUCCUGCACGAACCAGUCACAACGCACCAGAGGCGAACUUGGGGAUCCCAAUCUAAUUUAAAUUCCUUCCAAAUGCCAAACAACGGUUUCGUCCUCCACGAACCUCACACCAACCUCGCUACUCAUUUUGGAAACCAGGGAAACAAUCAGUACGGCAACCAUUUGUUGCAACAAGCACAAACGCAACAGGGAAAUUACAAUCAAGCGAAUUAUAAUAACCAGCCGCAGUAUAAUCAGACUUAUAGUAAACCGAUGAACGACUACAAUCAGCAGCAGAAUAACCAGUAUCCUAGCCAGCAGUAUCAGAACCAGAAUCAGCAGUAUCAGGAGAGGAGGUAUAGUAACCAGAUGCAACAGCAACAGCAACAGCAGAAUCAGUUUAAGAAUCCGAACCAAUACUCAAACCAACAACCGAAUCAAACACAGUACACGAACCAGAAUCAGCAAUCCACGAGCCCCUAUGGAGCCCAACCGAGUAGACCUUAUGAAAGUUUCUCAAACGGAGGAGAUGUCACAUCACAUUAUACCAACAUGUCGAUGAACACCAAUAAUAGACCCAUGUCAGCUGUUAAAUAA